GGGAGAGGGGUGGGGUGGGGUGGGUUAGGCCUAAACCCAUAGCCCCGGUUGAGGUGGAGGCCACGGGCCCAGGGCCCAAGGACAGGCUCGGGGAGGAGGAGGAGGAGGAAGGGGAGGAACUCUGCUCACGAAGGCUGCUCCGGCCCCCCCCCUGGGCUGUGGCCCGCGUUGAGCCUCAGGUAACGGCCCCUGAAGACAGGAGCUGAUCCAUCCGGGAGCCACCAGUCAGUGUCUGGGGGAGGGCUGUGUGGGUCUGUGUGUGUGUGUACCUCUCGCCCUUCACUUCAGCUUCAGCUUCACUUGGCCUCAGCCUCCGCUCGGCUCCGGGGCCGCCGCUCCUCACCCCGGUGGGAAAUUGGCCGCCGCCCCAGAAAAUCGCAACUCGCUUCGCAGUCCUGUUGCGUCUCGGAGAGACGUUGUUAAGGCGCCGUGUCAAAUGCAAGGAUUGUUACUGUGCUUCUGAAAAGACUCGCGGAUCGGGGGUGGGGUGUGUGGGACACACACACACACGCACACACACACAGAAGGAUUGGGUUCUUCGGGGUUGCAUGCAUGCCACGCCCAGCGACACAUGUUUCUCAUCAACUACGCCGUCAAGACCGAUAAUUUCAGGCUGAACGCUGUUUGAACGUCUGCCAAUUCGAGUCCUUCCCAAGCUCCAACAUGAACAGAUACCUGCCGGUGGCCAGGCAGCAUUUCCUGGCUGCUGUGGCCAGCACCAGCGUUGUAGUCAAAGCAGUCUGUGCCACCGUGCUCUUGCUCUACUGCCUCUCCUUUCUGGUGGACACUGUGCACAGGUUGGGAGUGACUCCCGGCUAUCUUUUCCCACCAAAUUUCUGGGUCUGGACACUGGUGACUCACGCUGUAGCAGAGAACCACAUCUGGGAUGUGUGUAUCAGCUUGGGGACUGUCAUUGUCGCCGGGAGGCUUCUCGAACCUCUCUGGGGGGCUUUGGAGCUCCUGAUAUUCUUUGCAGUUAUCAAUGUGUCUGUGGGAAUCCUCGGAGGACUUUCGUACCUUCUGACUUAUGUGGCGACUUUCAAUCUGGACUAUUUAUUUACAGUCCGGAUUCAUGGCAUGUUGGGCUUCUGUGGUGGAGUGCUGGUAGCUUUGAAGCAAACAAUGGGAGACUCUGUGGUUAUAAAGGUUCCACAGGUGCAGAUGAAGGAUGUCCCAAUGAUGAUUUUGGUUAUCAUCAGUGUGCUGCGGUUAACAACACUACUCAGCAGCUCCAUGUUAUCGUCCUACGGAUAUGGAGUCCUGACCAGUUGGGUUUAUCUUCGCUUCUACCAGAAACACAGCCGUGGACGAGGGGACAUGUCUGAUCACUUUGCGUUUGCGACCUUCUUUCCAGAGAUCCUUCAGCCACUCAUGUCAGUGGUGGCCAAUGUGAUUUACAGUGUGCUGGUCAAGAUUAAGAUAUGUAAGAAGACGGUUAAGCGAUAUGAUGUGGGGGCACCAUCCUCCAUUACAAUCAGCUUGCCUGGCACUGACCCACAGGAUGCAGAAAGGCGAAGACAAUUAGCAUUGAAAGCUCUGAAUGAACGUUUGAAACGAGUUGAAGACCAAGCAGCCUGGCCCAGUAUGGACGAAGACGAGAAGGACGAUGGGUCUGAUGUGCCAUUGCUUCCAGGUGGCGACGGGGAUGAUUUGGGAGCUGAAGAGCAUGAAACGGGCAUGGGUGCAUUCAAGGUGCUUUCAUCAGACUCUUAGAUACCAUCGCCUGAAGACUUUUGGGUGAGAGUACGAUGCUGCUCUGAGACAUCCCGACCCCAUGUGUGUCAAGACUUCAGACUGUUUAAAUCUGACUAAAAUCUAUCCGGAAAGUAAAGUUGUUUUUAAUACACAGCCCUGAGGAGAUUGUAAGACUUUCCCGGCUGUGGUGCACCUGCUGCAGGGUUCAUGUUUUUUUUUUUAGCUCCAGCGGUUGGUUAGAGCUACUUGGGAUGGGUUUCAAAUGGGUGGUAAAUCCAACAAUAACUUGUGCUGUUUCUCAAAAAUUCAUUGAUUUGCAUUCUGUGACUUCAAAGCGUCCACGGUGGAAAAACCGACUGCUGAUUAGCGUAAUUGUGGCUUAAUAAAGAGGGGUUUCUACAGCUUUGAGAUGAAAUUGAAAAGGGAUAGUCUGAAAACACAACAUAACAUGGCUGCCAAUUUAGUAUUUGGGUAAAGUGCCAAAAAUAUAUAAAUAUUACAGAACCCCUGCUGUCUCUAACCUGUAGUAAAUCCCAGGUUGGUAUUGCUGAAGUACUUGUGAUAUUUCCUAUUUCUGUCUGUUUGUUUUAUCCAAUAACUUUCAGUCUACUGCACUCUUGGUUGACUGAUUUGACAUUUCUUUUAUAUUCAAAUUUCCAUCAUGUCCAUUGAAAUUAGCAAAGCACUCUUUCCCCUGAGUUAUUUGCAGCUAAGCUACAGUAAGAUGAGCAAAAAGCCAGAGGGUGUGCUUCCCGACAGAUCAUGACGGGUGAUUUAAUGUCCUUUGAAAAAAAUUCAAUAAUCUCUUUCUGCUGCUGUCACCUUGACCCAUCAGCCAGGAGUAUGAAACCUUGUGGAUCUUCAAGCUUACAAGGUGCUUCAACUUUUGAGGGAGAUUUUGCAGAAGAAUUAGUGCAUCCAGCAAUUGAUAUGGAAAAUUGUCAUGUGUUGCACUGGCAAACAAGCAAGUUAUUGCUUGUACAUUUUAAGCCUAAAAAUAUGUAGGCAAUUGAUGCAGGUAUAUUGGAAGUUGAACAGGAACUGAAUGAGUUGCAGUGCAUUUUGAAUCCUGUUCCUUUGUGAAAGGGACGUGGUGGGUUUGAGGGAUGACAUGAACAGCCAGCUGUGCGCUUUCUCCCAAGUCUUGUGACUUGGUUUGCUUUUGUGGUGGCAUACUUCUGAAAAGGGGGAGUUCUUUUUUUUGAGUCUCUUGCGCAACAUUUUACGAACUGACUCAAAAGUCAUCUAUCUUGCCACAUUUGUUUGGGGAACUCUAGGGAACUGUUCACCUGCACCAGCGGAUUGCAAAGCAAUAUUUUCACAACAGAGCCCAAGUCAGUUGGCAAACAGAAGUCUUUUUGAUAAUUCCUGCAGAAAUGUUAAUGGUGACCAGGAGGUUUACUGGAGCCAUGUCUGAGCCUGUGUUGAACAGGAUAACAAAUUGGUACAAAGAAACUUUUUUUUUUGGUGGGGGAAGCAUUUUCUUUUCUUUGUAAAAUGGUGAUGGUUCUUCAUAUACUGUUUGUUUUACAGUCUGAUGCUGUUCAUGAGAUGGUGAUGUCAGACAGUGUUUGAUGGGACUAAGUGAUCAGCAUUCUGCAUAGCUCUACUCUACCGUUCUAGUUUUGUCGGCAAGAAUUUUGAUGGCAAACAUGAUGUAGGGAGGAAGCAUAGUGAUUUUUUAAAAGAAUAUUUAAAUGUGCAAAAUACUUUAAUGUAAGAUAUUUUAAAAUUCUAUUAAUCUCAUCUAAGUAAUGUCUUGCUCAUUUUGAUUUUUCAGGUGAAUAGUCAUUGUCUAAUACUGUGCUAUGUACCUACCUACCUUCCAGAGUAGCAUUUACCAACAGUUAGACUAAUCUCACUUUCUGGGCUUUACUUAACAAGUCGCAGGUUUCUUUUUGUAUCCUUCUGUAUCAUAGUUGCACAGGUCAGUCUAAUAAACUUUGCAGUCUCAUACAUUUUAAUUUCUCGUAAAAAUCUUAAAUGUCCAUUCUAGUUGAAUUAAUGGGGCUUUUUUUUUUUUUACUUAAGGUAUUUUUUUUGAGUUGUGCACAACAACCACACAGUAUUUGGGGAA